AUGUCCCGCCAAUUCAACGCCACCGCGUCAGGCUCAGGCCCAAAUAUCCUCCCUCCCAUCCAUUCGGAAUCCAAGCGCGACCGGAAGCGGCGCGAGACCAUCAACAAGAUUGAAAUCCUUCACGACGAAUCUUGGCGGACUCGGGACGAAAAGUUCUCUCAGCUCUACAAGGACUAUCACAAUGAGAACUCGGCGGUCAAUCAUCAGCCUCCGACUGCGGCGCAGUACCUCCUCCGGAUGUAUCCUGUCUCGAUUGAGCGGGAUGCACUGUUGGAGGCGACGGAGAUUGAUUAUCAGUACAAGAAGGGGCAGGCGCAGCGGGCGUACGAGGCCGAGAGGGAGACAAUUGAGGGGAUGUAUUGGGAUGCGAGGGAUCAGGUCAAGGCGAGGCUGCUAGCGUCUAUAGAGGAGAGGAGGCGGAAGUUGCGCGAGGAAAAGGAAGGAGGGGAUGUUAUCUCUGAGGUCAUGCUUGAGGCGCAGGCCAAGUCAAAGCCCAUCAGGCGGAUGGCACUCAGUAGCAGCGCCAUCAAUACCCCCGCGUCCGACUCGGACGUCCCUGACAACGACCUCUUGCUCCACAAUCUCCUCGCCCCCACUUUGGCCCACAUCAAAACCGACGACAUCCUCGCUCCUUUCGGCUCGUCCCUCUUCGUCCAGCCCCCCGUGGGUCCCCUCGUGGUCAACCCGAAUCCCAAGCGCGGUCCAAGGGGGAAAGAGGCGGUCAAGGAAGGGGAACCCAUACCUGCUGCUGGCACAGCUACAGCGUUGGCCGUGGCGAGCGGGCAGCAGCGCGGGCGUGGCGCGGGGGCUGGGGCUACUCAGGCACAAUUCGGAGUAGGCAAGGCUCUGACCGAACUCAAGAAGAUGGAGAGCGCGACCCAGCUCGAGAUGGAGAGUGACUGGGCUAGGAUCCAGGGCACAGGCGGGAGGAGGCGCACAAGGGGUGACUAG